CCAUAUUUGGCCUUUGUGGUCCAAACAUACGUUGUUCAAAUUCUUGUGCGGGUGAAUGGAAUGAGUUUCUUAACUGCAUGCUGAAGCAGCCCGAUCUAAAGCCUAAGAAAGGUCGAGCGAGCCGCGACCGGCCGGCACCCGAGCGGUCAGAUGGUGUACGGUGGGGCGUCACGGCGUGGCGACAAACCGAACCUGAUGGCGACCCGCGGCGGCGACACCAACCACCACGAGGAGGCCAGUCGCAUGCUGGAGACAGCUCUGCAGCAGAUGGACAGCAUCAUCGCCGGCACCGAGCUGGAGCUGGCCGGCCUGGAGCAGAGCCCACGGCCGCCGGCCGUCGCCGCGGUCACCGCCGUCACCGACCCCGUCUCGGAGGCGGCGGACCGGCUCCGUCAGGCCAUCACGCUCUCAGCGAAGGCGGCCAGCACGCCGUCGGAGACCGCCAUGACCCAGGAGACGUGUAGCUUCCUGCUGACCUGGCUGGCGGGCAACAACAACGUCGAGAGGAGCGCUCGGCAGCCGGGCCUCGAGUACGAUGAGCGGCUGCAGAAGCUCGAGUCGGACAAGUCGUCCCUGCAGCUGCAGGUGUCCGUGCUCACCGAACAGAUCGACGCGCAGACGGAGAAGAUCUCCGAGCUGGAGGACCAGCUGCGCACGCGCCAGAUGCUGCUCGGCAAGGCCGAGGACAGGCUGCAGAAGGACCUGGCCCUGCAGCAGGAGCUGCUGCACCGCUCCUCGUUCGAGACCCAGAAGCUGGAGGUGAUGAACAAGAUGUCCAACCUGACGCUGCAGCAGAAGACGCUGGAGCGGGAAAACAUCGAGCUGCGGAACCGGCUGCGACGAGCCGAGCUGGGCAGCCGCCAGCCGAGCGAGGAGCGGGGUCGGAUCCGCGACAAGCCGCCGCUGGUGCCGCGGGGCAGCCUGCCCGCCGCCACCUCCACGCCCAACCACAGCAUGCUCGACUCACCGCAGCGACUCAACUCGUCAUCGAGCGCCACGGACGGCAGCCGGUACGCCUCGGCACAGGACAACUCGUCUCCGACAGGCAUGCACCCCGCCACCUGCCGGGAAGGAUCGCUACCAAAGACGCCGCCGUCGUCGCAUCGCCGGCGCGUGGAGUCGCUGGGCGGCACCCUGCCGCGCGCCUCGGCCGCCGCCGACAGUCAGCGGCGUGCGGUCGCCUUCGGUAAACAGCCGACGCGCCGCCUCUGGGAGCGGGUGACGGGAAAGUAUAGCUCGUCGACGCCCAAUCUAGCCGACUCCGAUCAGCCGAUCCCGAACAGUCCCACCGAUGACGUCACGGGCGGACCACACUCCCCCAGCACGCAGAACAAAAACAAAGGCUUCAAAAAGCUGUUCGGAAGGAUGAAGCGCAGCAACUCGGGCGGCCUGGAGCCGGAGAUCCCGGACGGCGGCGAGUUCCGGCGCGGCGGCACGCGCGCCACGGCCGGCCCCCGGCUGGGCUGGGGCGGCGAGAGGUCGCGCGACGACGACCGCGUCUGGCGACCGCUGGCCGAGUGGGACACGGACACGGUGGUCGGCUGGUUCCACGAGAUGGGCCUGAGCGCCUACACCGCGGAGGUGCGCCGCUGGGUCCGCUCUGGCAGCCACCUACUGCGCGCCACCGGCGCCGAGCUUGAGAAGGAGCUCGGCCUCAAGCACCCGCUGCACCGCAAGAAGGUGGUGCUGGCGCUGAGCGCGGCCGGCUCCGCGACCGACGAUCCGCCCGGCCACAUCGACCACAACUUUGUGAUGCGCUGGCUGGACGACGUCGGCCUGCCCCAGUACAAGGAUGCCUUCCUGGAGGCGCGCGUCGAUGGCCGCGUGCUGAACCAGCUGACGCUGGAGGACCUGCAGACGCUCAAGGUCACGAACCUGCUGCACGCUCUCAGUCUGAAGCGCGGCAUUCAGGUGCUGCGCCUGAACGGCUUCUCGCCGGCCUGCCUGCGGCGGCGCUCGACGCCCGACGAGCCGCGCCAGCCAACGCCGCAGGAGGUGGCGCUCUGGACCAACCACCGCGUCAUGGAGUGGCUGCGCGAGGUCGAUCUGGCCGAGUACGCGCCCAACAUGCGCGGCUCAGGGGUGCACGGUGCGCUGCUGGUGUACGAGCCCCGGUUCACCGGCGAGCUGAUGGCCUCCGUGCUGUCCAUCCCGGCCAACAAGUCGCUGCUUCGGAGACACUUGUUCACUAGGUUCAACGAUCUGGUCGGCUCGGAGAUCCUCCGAGAGAAGAGAGAGGUCGAAGACAACCAGACCAUCACGCCUCUGCGGACCGACUCGAAAGUCAAGCUGCACAAGCGGGGCCAGUUCACGCUGAAGCGGCGCAAGGGCAAGGCCGAGUCGGACGGCGACGACUUCCUCUGCCCGGUGGACGUGCAGGGCUCGCCGCUGUCGUCUCCGGACAUCGCCAGCGGCCAGAAGCCAGCGCCAUCUUUCGGCCCCGUCGGAGCCAAGCCGUGAACGAACCCGCUGGAGAUGUCGCUGGUCGAACUGCGCACCAGCGACGUUUAGCCGCGCGGCGUGCGGGACACCAGUGACGUCAUCUGUCACGUCAUGGUCGGCGGCAGUGCCUCGGAUGCCACGUCGCGAUCGCGUGACCUGGGUGACAUGUUAUAGUCGCCAGUGGCGUCUGAUGGUUCGGUGCGUCUGGCACCAGUGGCGCCAGGUGGCGCGUAUGACGAGAACCAGUGACGCCAGAUUUCGGCAUGGUGGGAGCCGUUGCCGUCAAAUAACAUGUUGCAAUCGGAGCCAGUGACGUCACGAAUCGAUGGUCGUUCCUCGCACACUGCCGACACUCGAUGACAGAUCGAGUCGCGUGCCUUGAGCGUCUAGAGAUGGUGCUUGGGCCGUGUGCCAGCGACGGUGCUGGCUAAUCCGCGCGCCGGUGCUGGGGCACCAGUGGUGCCCGAUUCCCGAGGUUUUGUUGCUGGGACCGGCGCCGAGCCCGUCCGCCUCGGCUGCCUGGUGGGCAGCGCCUGGUAUCCGCCGGAGGUGGGCUGGAGCGCCCGUCUGAGGUCGGCUCUGAACACGGCGGGUGGUGAUCGGCGCAGCGGUCGCUUGUCGGGCCUCCGUGAUCGGCACAGCGGAGACAUGUUGGGCCUCGGUGAUCGGCGCAACGAUGGCAUGUCGGGCCUCGGUGAUCGGCGCAGCAAUGACAUGUCGGGCCUCGGUGAUCGGCGCAGCGGUGACAUGUCAGGCCUCGUAUGAUGACGGGAUGUCCCUGGCCGCCGGCCGUCGGCCCGGGUCGCGUCAGCAGCUGGGUUUCGGUCGGCGCCUGACCGGGUGGUGGAUUGUGGCGCUUUUCGUCAGAAAAGCCCCGCCAAUCCGGCUACCGGUGGCCAGCGGGGACGCUUCUCGCCACCGCUGCGAAAAGGCAAGCUGGGGCUGGACGGCGCCUCGUGAUCUGUCUGCAGGAGGGCGAUGAUAAUCCGCGGAGAGGAUCGUGGUUCGAGGAUCACAGUGGUGACAGCGGGACCUCUUUGCCGAGCGAUUUCACCCGUAGAACGACUUCCAGUCUUCCCGUAUCUGGUACGACGUGUUGUUGCUGUCGUUCUAUUCGCGUCACCGUACCAACUCAGAGCGUCCUUGCUUCCGCACUCAACUCGGUCUCUGAAGCCCCAGGAGUGGUUGUCAGUCAGCCUUGUCUCCGACACGGUCUUGUGCCUUCGCCGUAUUUACGAGGUCGGCGCGACUCGUAUUUUUAUACAUGUCCUGUACAUAUGGUCUUCCCGGGUGCUGGGUGGGGCGCCAUCGGGCGUGCGCGUGUUUUAGAUACGGACGACAAUGUGCCCUUUUUACCGUUGAACAAUGCUGCGUACAAGACAGUGCCUGAAGCCUGAUCAUGAGCUGUGGCUGCCCCUGCCGCCGUCAGCUGAGCCUGAACUUGCCGUGCCUCGGCUUGUCCGGGUCAGGUAGCCUUCCACCUGAGCAGCUGCGUUGCGGGCGUCUGAAGAUUGCGUUGCCGGCGCGUCGUGCGAAGUCGGGAGUCCGUGUGAUUGAGAAUGCGAGCCCCGCUCCAGGCACGGUCGCGCGGCCUCGGAGCGUGUGCCAAUGUGAGAGCUGAUCCAGUCUGGUGCUGUCCGCGGGGCCGUGCCGGGGCC